GGAGGUGAUGGAGGAGAGCAAGAGAAGCUUAAAGGGGAAGAGGAGAAAAAUACAGCUUAGAGCAGCGUGAGCCGUGGAAUUGCAUACUUUGGCUCUGAGUGUCUGUGUGGCCAAGACUGAACAUUUAAUAGCAAGAACAGAGAAAGAGGGUGAACAACAGGCAGGUAAAGCACGCUGCACCUCAGUGGAGGUUUUUUUUACCACUUUACCUGCACCGAACCCAAAAGCGCAUGAUCGUCGUGUAGAUCCACAAUGUCGGUCCUUAUUGCCAGUCAGUUGAAAAUCGACACCAGCACUUCAACUAGAAAGGAGCUGGUUGGCAGCAGUCCCCCACAGAGGAACUGGAAAGGAAUUGCCAUAGCACUGCUGGUUAUUCUGGUCAUCUGCUCUCUGAUCGUCACAUCUGUUAUCCUGCUGACACCAAAUGAGGAUGACAGUCUGGCCUCUAAGAAGAAAGUCACUAUUGAGGACAUCUUCAAUGGACGGCUUCGAGCACACGAUCCUGAGGCUACAUGGCUUACUGAUUCUGAACUGCUGUACCGUACACGUGAGGGCGAUGUGGUCAAACUAAAUGUGCUGACUAACACUACAGAGGUUCUGGUGAAGAACAAGAUGUUUGAGAGUUUUCGCAACCAGGGAUCCUACAUGCCAACCAAAUACCAAAUCUCUCCUGAUCGAAAAUAUGUGCUGUUGGCCUACAACAUUGUCCCGGUUUAUCAAUAUUCCUUCAUGGCCUCUUACAUCAUCUGCAGCCUCGAAACUCCGGAAAAACUGGAAUUGACCCCUAAUGAAGUACAGAACACUGCACUCCAGUAUGCUGGAUGGGGCCCAAAAGGACAACAACUGAUUUUCAUCUUUGAGAAUAACAUCUACUACAAAGCACGAGUGAACAGUCCAUCAAUCCGCCUGGUUUCCACAGGCAGUCAGGGGGUCAUAUUUAAUGGACUUGCUGACUGGCUCUAUGAAGAGGAGAUCUUUCAGAAUCAUAUCGCCCACUGGUGGUCACCCGACGGUCUCAGAUUGGCAUAUGCCACCAUCAACGAUACUCUGGUACCCAAGAUGGAGAUACCCAUGUUCACAGGAGCACUGUAUCCUACAGGACAAGAGUAUCGCUAUCCCAAAGCUGGAGAGGAAAACCCUGGUAUCUAUUUAUCAGUGGUGAGUCUGAACGGUCCAUUACACACAGUGAGGAUGAGAAAACCAGAAGACCCCAGAAUCAGGAAAGAGUACUACAUCACCACGGUAAAAUGGGCAACCAGCACUAAGCUUGCAGUAAACUGGCUGAACCGUGCACAAAACAACUCCAUCCUGACCUUGUGUGAAGCCACCACAGGCAUCUGCACCAAGAAACAUGAAGAUGAGAGUGAAAGCUGGCUCCACAGACAGAACGAACCUCCGUUGUUCUCCAGAGAUGGCUUCAAGUUUUUCUUCACCCGAGCCGUUCCACAGGGAGGUCGGGGAAAAUUUUUCCACAUAUCAAUGUCCACAUCACAGCCCAACAGCAGCACAGACACAUUGCAGUCUCUGACGUCAGGAGAUUGGGAUGUGACGCAGAUCUUGGCAUACAAUGAAAAUACCAAACUUGUAUACUUUCUGAGUACAGAAGAUGAUGCGAAACGGCGUCAUCUCUACAGUGCAAACACUACAGGCUCCUUCAACAGACGCUGUUUGUCCUGCGAGUACAGCUGCGGCUACGUCACUGGAGCUUUCAGUCCAGAUGCAAACUACUUCCUGCUCAACUGUAAAGGCCCUGGUGUACCACACACGGCAGUGUACAGCACAAGAGAUGGACACUAUCAAAAACUGUUGGAUGUGGAGGCCAAUAAAGUGUUGAACAUCACAGUGAACAACACGCAGAUGCCCAAAGUAGAGUACAGAAAAAUCAGUGUAGAAGACUACUGUCUGAACAUCCAGAUUCUGAGACCAGCUGGGUUUAUCGAAACGGCUCAUUACCCAUUACUGCUGCUGGUGGAUGGCACCCCCGGUGGACAGGUAGUGACGGAGCAGUUUGAGGUGGACUGGACCACGGUACUGGUCAGCUCCUUCAACACUAUAGUCAUGCGUCUGGACGGCCGCGGCAGUGGUUUCCAGGGGACAAACCUCCUUCAUCAGGUUAAGAAGAAAUUGGGGGAGUUUGAAGAGAGAGACCAGCUAGAAGCUCUUAGAAGUAUAUCAACGCUGCCAUACAUUGACAAAUCCAGAAUUGGAGUUUAUGGAAAGGCAUAUGGUGGAUAUUUGGCCAGCCGACUUUUACGUUCAGAUGAACCUCCAAACGUGUUUAAAUUUAAAAUCAAGUGUGGCACAGCCGUCUCACCCAUUACAGAUUUUAGCUUAUACGCUUCUGCAUUUUCUGAAAGAUACUUAGGAUCACCACAGUUUAAUAAGCGAGAAUAUGAGAUGGCACGUUUAGCGGACCACAUAGAGCAACUAAAGGACAAGAAACUCAUGAUAAUCCACCCAACAGCUGAUGAGAAAGUCCAUUUUCAGCACACAGCGAAAUUUAUCACCCAUAUGAUAAAUGAAAAGGCUAACUAUACAUUACAGAUCUAUCCAGAUGAAGGUCACUUCAUUCACUCUAAAGAUUCGCAGCAACAUCUGAGUCAGACACUUGUCAACUUUUUUGUGGAAUGUUUCAGACCACCGGAGAUAAUAAUUGAGGACAAAUCGGAGCAGGACAACGAAGAUGAUGGUUAAACUGAUUUUGCUCUCCCUGAAAAAACAGCUUACAGUCCAAUAUGCAAACUCUUCCCGCCAUUACAACCUCUUUCAUUCCCAUGUUAGUUUUGAUGGGUUCUCCUGAGCCUCUGCAUGAACCACGCCCCUCAGCUCUGACUGGCUCAAUAGCUCCAAGAAAGAGUUUGAAUGACUUUGUGGUUAAAGAACCCGUGGAGAACCAGGUCAUAUUCAUCAGUAAUGCACAAGCGGUGCACGAAGACUGGAUUCGCUCGCCCUCCCUUUGCUUGUGUUCUUUGUGUUCAUGUAUUGCUGAUGGGAAGCUUUAAGAGUCGAGCACAAUAUACAGACGAGUCAUUUGCAGGAAAAGCUGCAAGUUACUCGAUAGUUUUCUUUAACCUUGUGUAUCCUUCUGAUGUUCAUGGUUAUUAUUACACAAACUCUUUUAAUUGGAUAUACGUCAAUGUUACACAUUUGUUUCUUGUUUCAAUGUCAGACUUGGGACAGAUUUUUGUCUGAAUUGUUUAUAAAUCCAUUCUUAGAUCCAUUUGUUAAUUGUUGCAUAGUAUUGUGCCAAUUUACACAAAAACGGAUUUAUAUAAUUUAAAAAAGUACUCAUUUUAUGCAGAUUGAAUUUGUGUAAAUACUUCGUAUAACCCAGUGGUUCUCAAACUCUGUAGGGUGUAGGGUGCACCCCUCGUGGGCCUCCAAAGACAAUUAAUGACAUAUGCAAACAAUCUCAAAAUUAGAAUUAGAAUUAAACAAAUAUUUAAUGAUAUCUGGGUUUUUCCUGGCUCAAAAUGAGGUGGAGGUGUUGCUAUCCUGAUGCACACAUCAAUUGUACCCUAACUCAACAACACACUUUACAUGGGGCGACAUAUUUUUAGUGUUUAGUAAUUAAAUGAUUAAAGAAUAACAAUUAUUCACUUUUUUUAUUUUAUAAAACAUAUUAAAACAACAUAAGAACAGAGUUCAUUUACAGUGAACAAACACCAUAGUUGUUAAAAAUUAAAUAAAAAAAUAUAAUUUUUGCAGUCUGACAGCUGAUGUGCACAUCAUAAACAUCAUCUGUCACUUUUCUCUGUCAUCCUUUCAUCCACGCUUGACAAAGAAAACGAUUUGUCCUGCCUUCAUUACUCAAUAUAAUAAACAAGAUCAUAAUAAUCCUUUUCAGUAAAAACGACUGAUAUCAUGAACUAACCUACGUGUAACUUCACAACAAUUUGUCAAUAACUUCCAUUUUUUUGUGCUGCCUGCGUCUUAUAAUACUAACUAAUAAGUCUUAAAAUCAGAGAAAAAAGUUUUUUCACAUCCUCCGUUAUGCUUUUCACUCACUGAUCUCCGAAUGAUUCACUGAGCUCCAUCGCUUGGUGACUGUUCAUGAAAACGAAUCGGUUCAAAAGAAUCACUCAUUUACGAGUCAUCACUGUUGUGUAACGCGCGCGAACGCGAUUGCAAUGUUGAACAACUGAACAAUUUUAUGCAUAAAACAUUACUGCAUCAGCUUGUGUCUCUAGUAAUUCACCUGCACAAUAUCCACGAAUAUAGCUACUACAGCUCCUAAUAUAUCAGCGCCUCACUGUGCUGACAACAGAAUAGCGCCACCAUAGUGGCGUAGAGACGCAACUGCACUUGCACACGAUAAUCCACUGAGUGCAAGGUGAAGACACGACAGAGAAACCUCUCAACAGCUAAAACCUCUAUGCAGGAAAACCCUGGAUACAAUGUACACAGAAUUUAUGAUAAAUUAAUGUAUUUUAUCAAAUGCCCCCGGCAUCUCUCGCCCCCCAUGAGAACCACUGGUAUAAACAUCAGCUGCAUUCACGAAACACAAGCAGAAAACUUUGUGUAAAUUGUAUAAAACCAUCUUCAGCUUAAUUGUUGCUUUAAAAGCAGGGUAUCAGAUUUUUUUAAAUGCUAACUUUAGCCAACUAGCACAGAAAUUACGAUCCAUUUAAAUCGCCGUCCAAAAUCCCGCCUCCUCCAAACACAUGAACACGCACAGACCAGAAGCCCAUUUAUGUCUCAUUAACCAAUGAGAAAACAACAGUGAAUGACAUCAUCAAAAUAACGAACAUAACAUAACUGUUUUUAAUCGGAAUUAACAUUAGAUACCGGUUGUGUAGACGUAGUAGUUUAGUUUGCUUGUACUUUUGCUUGUUUGUACACAAACUAAAUAAACAACACAAUGUUUCAUCAAAAUCGAAUAUCUAAAUCCAUCUAAAUAAAGUACCGCGUACCUACCUACCUUUCCAAAAGAAACACUGCAACGACCUUUUCAGACCCUCAGUUGUUUCCAUCUCGUGGAAGAACAGUAAAGUUGCCGGUGUUAUAGAUUUUUUUUUGCUGUUUGCUGAUCCAGACGGGUUUUGUCGUUGUUGCUUCAUUAAAUGUCUUUCGUUUUGUGGCUCCUGUCCUGUCACUGUGCAGGUUGUCAAUGCAAACACGUUCACAGAAGAGUAGCAAAAAUUGCAUGCGGUCAAGUUCAAUGAUUUGUUAAAAACGUUUUGGUCCUACACAUUUCACAAAUUACAUAUAUUUAUACAAAUAAAUGUAGACGAUUUAACAUAAUAAUUGCUAUCAGGAUGUGAGGAGACUUUUAACCAGCAUAAAUAAAAUACCCUGCCUUUAAACUGACAAUAAAAAGAUAAAUGAGUGAUUUACAUACAAAUGCGAAUCACGAGUUUGUGCAAAUUGUUUAGAAAUCGAUUUUAGCUUUUGUUGCUUGUGUUUCAUGAACGAGGCCCAUUGAGACAUCAAAAGUACACUUCUGCAAACAGUUGCUUUCAUGUAUUUAUUAAUCCAUAUAAGCAGCGUCCUUUUCAGGACACACAGCACAUAGUUUAAGUGAGAAUAGGCCCAUUUUUAAACGCAUAAUGGUCGGUUUUGUUCUUGUUUUGACGAGUGCAGCUGCAAAUGUCUAAGGAUAUUCAUUUAGUCACUGUGCCUUAUUGGAGUCAACCUGUUUAAGACAGGCAGUCCAUGAGGUAGGACGAAUAAUUUAUAGACAGAUUAAAAACGUAGAAACAAAAAAGAACCAUGCCGCAAUCCUGCCAGUAAUAUUUUCUUUGUAAUAGAUUAAAUUCUGUAUGCAGUGAUAUAUGUUUAAGUUCUGUCAUAUAAUGACUGUGUCAAGAACAUUUUGCAUAGAAUAUAUAUUUUUUUGCUAUAUCAUUUUUGGCAUGGUGGUAAGAUGGUUUCUUUCAUUUUUAAAGUAUUUAAGUGUUGUUUUUGACAGCUUGAAUGUUCUUUCAAUAUGUGGUCCCAAUCAAUUUACUGUUUUAAGUGAAACUCUGUCUUGUACGCAGAUGCACUGAUGUGUAAAUUACAACUGUUUUGGUCUCUUCUUGUGUGUACCUUGUACAUAAAGCAUUUUCAAAGCUA